GUGGUGGACAUCAUGCGGGUGAACGUGGACAAGGUGCUGGAGCGGGACCAGAAGCUGUCGGAGUUGGACGACCGGGCCGACGCCCUCCAGGCCGGCGCCUCCCAGUUCGAGACCAGCGCCGCCAAGCUCAAGCGCAAGUACUGGUGGAAGAAC